CUGGUGUCUGUCUUUUCGGACCCACUUCUUCUUGCUGGAAAUUAACAUAACUUGAUACAUGGAUUGGGCUGCUCCAAGAAUAUUCAUAGUCCUAGUUAUGUAAAGCAAGUCUUGAGUGUGUGCUGAAAGAUGGAGAACACAUCUGUCGUCUUUAUCCUGCUGCUUUCAGUUACUGAGGCCAAAUUUAGUAUCUCCAUGCCACAAUCAGAGCUGAUUUCUCCUCUUCACACCAAUGUGCUGCUUCCUUGCUUCUUCACUUUGGCAAACAGUAAGCAUGGAUUGAAGUAUGUAAUUGUAACUUGGAAACAGAAUAAUAUUGAACUGGCAAAGUACAGAGAAGGAAAAGUGAAAAGCACCAGCAAAGUGACACUCUUGGAAAGUCAGCUGCAGAGAGGAAAUGCCUCACUUCUCAUUAAAAAUGUCACUGUGGGAGAUGAAGGACAUUAUCUUUGUGAAGUGUAUGAGGUUCCAAACCUUUCCAAAGGAAGUGUACAAUUAAGAGUUACAGUACCUCCAGUAGUGUCACUGAAUCCACCAAUGGCUGAAAAGGGUAAGUCGGUGACACUGAAGUGCCAUGUAGAGAAGUUCUACCCUGAAGUCAUCUCUAUUCGGUGGAAGAGAGGUACUAAGUGUCUGGAUUCUCAAGAGCCCUCAAAGAUCAGUAGAAAUCCUGAGGGCACAUUCAGUGCAAUGAGUUUCUACAAUUACACAUCCAUUUACGAAGGCCUCAGUGAAAACAUCUCCUGUAUUGUUAAGCACCAGAGUAAGGAAGGGCAUAAAGUGGAGAUUCCGCUUCAGAUCUGCAAGCCCACACUCACCGUUCCAGUAAAAACUCUGCACAGGGGCAAGAAGCAGAAAGUCAUGUGUAAGCUGCAGGGUUGCCUGUUCAAUAAAGCCACUGUGAGCUUGAAAAGAAAUGGGAAGACUUUGUCUAAAUCUCAAUGCUGGGAUGUGAAACAGUGUGUGAGCAAAACAGAAUUUGUACCGUCUACCUCAGAUGGCAAGAUGCAUUUCACCUGUGAGGCUGUCAUAGAAGGACUUAACACCUCUGUUGCCAAACAUGUUACAUUUAUUGUUGAAGAUCUGCAUGAUCCAGAGGAACAUUGGUAUAUAAUUACAGUUAUCAUCAUGAUUGUUGCAUUUUGUUUGCUGUAUGUGACAGUUCACCAAGCAUAUCAAGGAAAGGAGAAAAGGAGCUUCAUCAUGUCUGACAUUGAAGUUAUCAUGGAAAACUACCCAAGUCACAGGAUCACUUUGAAUUGCUGUCUUAGUGGAAACCAGUAUGAACUUAAAAGGCUGACAUGGAGAAUCAAAUGGAAAUCUUUACUGUUUAAAGACAUUUCAUUCCAUGACACUAGUAUGGUACAAAGCAUCAAAUCCAACAAGCUUGAGGCAUUUUGUAGUGUAAAUUCGACACAUUACCAAAGGGCAACAUUGCUUCAGAAUCACAAGCUUUGCUCGGUCACAUUUGUACCCAAAGCACAGAAUGUACAGAUCACUGUCCAGUGCCAAGUUGCCAUUGUCAUCUUAGGGAGAACACAGAAUUGUGUGAAAACAAUCAAAUUCAUCCCUCAGGUCAACUAAAAUCUACCAAGAAUUUAGCUGAGGCUCUCUUCACAAACAAUGCAAACAAUGGUGGGAACUUGAGUCCUGCUUUCAUUUGUGCUUUAAACGUAAAGCACUUUAAACUCCAUCCUCAAUUUAUGAUAAUAUAGCAGAAUACCCGCGCUUCGCAGCGGAGAAGUAGUGUGUUAAAGAAGGUAUG